AUGGUUAACUAUAAAAGAUGGAUGAAUGAAGUUGAUGAAAAUACCAGUAUUGGUAAAUUAUCAAUUCCAGGUACCCAUAAUUCAGCAGCUUGUCAUGUUGCCUUACCAUCAGUUCAAUGUCAAGGGGAAUCAAUUACUGAACAAUUAGAACAUGGUGUUAGAUUCUUAGAUAUCAGAUGUGGUAAAUUAUUCUUGAAGGAAGGUGAUGAAGCCAAGGAUUUACAAGUUAUUCAUGGUAAAUUCCCUGUUAAAAUCCCAUUCCCAAAGAAAUUGAAAGAUGCAUUGGAAGAAGUCUAUGAUUUCUUAGAUGAAAACAAGAGUGAAACUGUUAUUGUUUCUUUAAAACAAGAAGGUACUGAUGAUUGGAAUAAUGAUCAAGAUGAAUUUGCCAAUUGUAUCUGGGAUAAUUAUGUUAACCCAAACAAAGAUAAAUGGUACUUAGAUGAUAAUGUUCCAAAUUUGAGAGAUGCUAAAGGUAAAGCCAUCUUAUUCAGAAGAUUUGGUGUCAAAAGUGAUAAAUAUAAAGGUCAUUUUGGUUUUGCUGCUGCUUCAUGGAAAUAUAACACUACUCAUGAUGACCAUGAUAAAUUUGCUGUUCAAGAUUUCUGUGAAUUAGAUAAUGUUGAAGCUAUUGAUAAGAAGGCUGAAUAUGUCAAAAAUUUCAUCAAUGACGCUAAAAGUUACAAUUCUUCAAACAAUGAUCCUAAAUUAUUCAUUAACUUCAGUUCAGGUGCUAACUUCUUCAAUACUGAUUGUUGGCCUGAAAAAGUUGCCGAUAAAAUGGCUUCAGUCCAAAUUGAUAGAGAUUUUGGUAAAGGUAAUGGUAUUGUUGUCUUAGAUUAUGUUGAAAAAGAUAACUGGAAAUUGGUUAAGAAAUUAGUUGACCAAAACUUUUAA